UAACCUCUGAUCGUCGUCAGGCUGGGGGCAUUGCGGUCGUGGAGCUCGCUCCUCAGUGUUAAACAACAAACAUGGCUGCUCCCACAUUUAAGUGGAAGAAAGUUAAUGAUUCAUCUGGGCCACAACCUCGUCCGAGGCAUGGUCACAGGGCCGUAGCGAUAAAAGACCUUAUGGUCGUUUUCGGAGGAGGCAACGAAGGGAUCGUCGACGAACUGCACGUCUACAACACAGCCACAAAUCAAUGGUUUAUACCAACUAUGAAGGGGGACAUACCCCCAGGGUGUGCAGCUUAUGGUUUUGUUGUGGACAACACCCGUAUUUUAGUCUUUGGGGGUAUGGUUGAAUAUGGAAAAUAUUCUAAUGAACUUUAUGAACUUCAGGCUAGUAGGUGGGAGUGGAAACGGCUUCGUCCACGUGCUCCACGUUUUUCACCACCCCCAUGCCCUCGCUUGGGUCACAGUUUUACAUUAAUUGACAAAAAGGUGUUUCUUUUUGGAGGAUUGGCAAAUGAUUGCUCUGAUGACCCUAAAGCAAACCCUCCAAGUGCAGUGUCAGUAAGGUAUUUAAAUGAUUUAUAUACCCUAGAGCUAAAGGGGAAUACAGUUGUUUGGGAAAUGCCACAUACGUAUGGAACCCCACCACCACCGAGGGAAUCACAUACUGCCGUGGCUUACAAAGAUGCUCAAGGCAAUUCAAAACUUAUUAUCUAUGGUGGCAUGUCAGGAUGCAGGCUUGGUGACCUUUGGAUACUUGAUAUCGGAACAAUGACUUGGAGUCGACCAGAAGUGUUUGGUCCUGCCCCUCUUCCUCGAUCAUUGCACACUGCAUCAAUUAUUGGAAACAGGAUGUAUGUUUUUGGCGGGUGGGUUCCACUUGUCCUUGAUGAUUUGAAAGUAGCAACACACGAAAAAGAAUGGAAAUGUACCAAUCAACUGGCUUGUCUUAACCUAAGUACUAUGGAAUGGGAGGACAUAACCAUGGAUUCAACUGAGGAAAAUAUGCCUCGUGCAAGAGCAGGUCAUUGUGCAAUUGUUGUCCAUUGCAGAAUAUAUAUCUGGUCUGGAAGAGAUGGAUAUAGAAAGGCUUGGAACAACCAGGUUUGUUGCAAAGAUUUGUGGUAUCUCGAGGUUGAUAAGCCUGCACCUGGAGGGAAAGUCCAGCUGAUAAAAGCAAGUACACAACUCUUAGAAGUCUGCUGGAAUUCUGUCCCCACUGCGGAGGCAUAUUUGCUUCAGAUACAAAAUUGUGUUAUUAGAUAUACGGUACCUCCAGUUUCAAAACCAAGACCGGCUAAUAAGUUGCCAGUAGCCAAAACUCCAAAUGCUGCACCAAAAGUUCCGGUAUCCUCCAGUGCUGCUACAACUAGACCUGUAGUAAGGCCAGUUAUGAGACCACUUGGUAUUAGACCUUUGGUAAGGCCUGUGACACGUCCAGUGCAGAAACCAACACCAACUACUACUCCAUCAACCAUCGGAGUUCGGUCUCCAAUACAUUCUUCUGUUCGUGUUUCCGCACCUUCUUCUCUUAUUCGAACUUCAACUGGUUCAAAAUCACAAAUAUUGGUUCAAAAGCCACCAACUCAAGGCCCAACACAAAUUGUAACAUUAGUGAAAACAAGUCAAGGCAUGACGGUUGCGAUGCCGAAAGUAAGUUUAAUUCAGAGCAAGCCAGGAACAAAUGUGACAACAUCGGCUAAAGGAAUCCCACAAGGGGCAACCAUUGUGAAGUUGGUGACACCAAAUCAAGCUGGUAAUGCAAAAAUGUUAACUACAAUGAAAACAAUACCAUCAAAUAUGGUAGUCAACAAACCUGCAACUCAAGGAAAUAAACAACAAACUAUUAUCAUUAACAAACCGGGUGGACUAAGAAUGCCAGGACAACAGUAUAUUGUUGUAACCACUGGUGCACCUAUUAGGACCAUCCCAACAAUGACUACAACACAAAGUACAAGUGAAAAAGGGGUUCGUAUGGUCAUGAUGUCUGGCAAUUCUGGAUCUGGUAAACCAAUCACAAUAACAGUUCCUGGAGCUGGUGGCAAUAAAACGUUGACAAUAACAGGAAAAGCAGCUUUAGGAUCGACUUCUCACAUUCUUCAGCAAGCUACUUCACCAGGUCUUAAAAACCUACGUGUCCAAAUGGGUGAAAAAACAAUGACACUUCUUCCAAAUAAUGCUACUCUAUGGACGAGCAGUGCUGAGGCUACUUCAUCUACAAACACUGUUAAUAGUAGUAGGGUUGUAUAUUUAUCUACAAAGCAACCUACCAGUUCAAGUUUGAACACUAAAGAUCAGUCGAUUAGUUCUACAGUCGGCCCAACAUCAGAUGCUGCGUUAACUGCUUUAGCUGCAGAAGCAGGAUUUAUUGAUUCCCCCAAUGAUUCAUUACUGAAGCAAGACAGCGAUCACUCAUCGUCUGUGGAUUCAAGUUUUCUGACGCGGAACGUUGCUGAUACAUCCACUGCAGAUGUGCACAAGCUGAAAGAUACAGGAAUCACACAGUCUGCCAUAGAAAGUUCUGGCCAUGAAGCCGCAAGUUCAACUCCGGCCGUGGCUUCAGCAUCAUUGAUUCCUUCAUCUUCCCCUCCUCAUACAACUACUGGUUCUCAACCGGAUGAUAUAGAGCCCACAUCGACAACACAAGAACCAGAGGAAUCAGAAAAAAAUGUGUUACCCCCAAAAGAGGAUCCACCUUUGAAAAAGAAAGAGCAGUUACUACCUGAUGCACCAUCGUCUAUAAAAAUUGCCAAAACUUCUGAAGGAGCUAUUAUAUCAUGGUCUGCACCAACAAAAGGCGCUCCGGUGAUUGCAUAUACAGUUUGUUUAGCAAUGAAACACCAGUCGGUCGGUACUUCUCAACUUGGGUUCGUUAAAGUAUACACUGGAACGCAAACCCAAACAUCAAUUCCUCAUGCCACACUGGAAGAAGCGACUUUUGAAGACAUUGAAAAACCUGCUAUCAUAUUUAGGAUAUCAGCCAAAAAUGAAUAUGGCUAUGGACCGGCCACCCAAGUUAGGUGGAUUCAAGAUGUUCUCAGCCAACAAAGAGGUCAGGUAAGAUCGACAAACUCUCAGCUUGGAAACGCUCAGAAACGAAUGAAAGUGGAUAGCCAAUCCAAUUGACAAUCAGCUCCAGAAUUGACCAAGUCAAAAUGUAAAUCUGUAUCAAGUUGUAAAUAUCGAAGUUAUAGGUUAUAAAUAAGAAGUUCAAAAAUGUAUACAUAAUUGAAUAUGUAUAUAUUUUUUUGUGUGCAUAUAUUUUUAAUGUAAGUAUUUGAAUGCAAGCAAAAACAAACAAAAAAUAUGAUAAAAUUACUCUGAGGAUUUUAUAACCUUAUUGGCCAUUUUGCAUUAUUUACAAAGAUGUCUGUAAGGCUGCUUUGAUAUGGUAUUAGUGUAGUAGAUGUUCUACUAUUCAAUACUAUGCAAUUGGUCAUUUUAAUUAUUUUGUGAUUAUGAAUACUAUGACAUUGUUUUCAAUAUUCAUUUUUUUGACGUAAAAAAAUGGUUAAAAUGUCUAAGUUAUUAGAUACAUCUCAAACCUCAAAUUUGCCCUAGAACAGGAUCAAAAAAAGCCAUUGAUCUAGAAAAAUUUUAAAUAUCUACUACACCUCUACCUGGAUAAUUCUGUUGGCCCUGAAUUUUCAACAUGUUGAUUUAUCAAGCUGAUUACAGUUUUUUUAAUGAUUAUUUCCACUAUCUAAGUAUAUUAAUCGUUAUUGUAAAAUGAUAGUGUUUCACUUAAAAAUAAACCUUUUUUUAUUUUUA